AUGGCGGCGGCAAUGGGACGUGAGUUCAACGAGCAAGAAGAGAACAUUGCUGACUUUCUAGGAGAGUCGUUGUCAGAGUUCGCUAAGAAUGGACAUCCUUCCAACAGUCAACAACCAUGGCUGAGGGUCAAAGCAGAUUCUGCUAUUCGCUUUAUGAAUAUCGCGCCAAAGUGCAUGAUGAAGACGGGCUUUUUCAGCGAAUCUGCAUCGUUCUGGGAGAAAAUGAGAAAAUACGGAUUUGAUAUGGUGAAGUUGCUACGGACUGGAAAUGACACGGAAAAGACGAAGGAAGAGCUUUGA